GUUCUAGUUUUUUCAUCAUCAUCAUCUUUGUCAUCAAAAAGAUUUGUCUCUACAGUCGUUUUUCAUGGUUUUGUUGCUAAAUCACUUAAUUUAUUCUGCAGCCUGAAGAUAAAACUGAUCAGAAUGUCAGGAGUUGGAACAUCAGGGAUCAGGGAUCUGAAGUCAGGAAACAUCCGGAGUCGGAACACCCAGAGUUGGAAUGUUCAGAGUAGGAAAACAUCUGGAAUCAGAAAACAUCUAGAUUCAGAAUGUCCGGAGUCAGAACGUCAGGAUUUGGAAAAACUCAGUAGCUGGAAGAUGUCAGGAGGCAGAAAACCUCUGAUGUUGAAAAACAUCUGGAUUCGUCAGAAUGUCAGGAGUCGGAACGUCAGGAGUUGGAACAUCAAGAGGCAGAAAACAUCUGGUGUUGGAACGUCAGGAGUCAAAAUACAUCUGGAGUCAGAAAACAUCUGGAUUCAGAAUGUCUGGAGUCAGAAAAUGUCAGGAGUUGGAAAACUUUAGUAGUCGGAAAACAUCUGACGUUGGAAAACAUUUGGAUUUGUUGAAAAGUCAGGAAACGGGAUGUCAGGAGUUGGAACAUCUGGAGUCAGAAAAUGUCAGGAGUUGGAAUGUCACAUGUUGGAAAACAUCUAGACUCGGAAAACAUCUGAAGUCAGAAAACAUCUGGAUUUAUUGGAACGUAAGGAAACAGAACGUCAGAAGUUGGAACAUUUAGGGUGAGAAAAUGUCAGAAAUCAGAACAUCUGGAGUCGAAAACAUCUGGAUUCGUCGGAUUGUCAGGACUCGAUAGACAAAGAGUCAGAAUGCCAGGAGUUGGAAAAUGUCUGGAGUCGAAAUAUUUAGAGUCGAAACAUCUGUAGUUGAAACAUCUGGAAUUGGAACAUCUGGAGUUGGAACAUCUGGAGUUGGAACAUCUGGAGUUGGAACAUUUGUAGUUGGAACACACAGAGAUGGAACACAUGGAGUUGGAACAUGUGGAGUUGGAACACGCAGAGAUGGAACGCCUGGAGUUGGAACACCUGGAGUUGGAGCAUCUGGAGUUGGAACACGCAGAGAUGGAACACAUGGAGUUGGAACACCUGGAGUUGGAGCAUCUGGAGUUGGAACACGCAGAGAUGGAACAUCUGGAGUUGGAACAUCUGGAGUUGGAACAUCUGGAGUUGGAACACAUGGAGUUGGAACAUCUGGAGUUGGAACAUCUGGAGUUGGAACACGUGGGGAUGGAACAUGUGGGGAUGGAACAUGUGGAGUUGGAACAUGUGGAGUUGGAACACGCAGAGAUGGAACGCCUGGAGUUGGAACAUCUGGAGUUGGAACACAUGGAGUUGGAACAUCUGGAGUUGGAACAUCUGGAGUUGGAACAUCUGGAGUUGGACCACGUGGGGAUGGAACAUGUGGGGAUGGAACAUGUGGAGAUGGAACAUCUGGAGAUGGAACACGUGGGGAUGGAACAUGUGGAGAUGGAACAUCUGGAGAUGGAACACGUGGGGAUGGAACACGUGGGGAUGGAACAUGUGGGGAUGGAACAUGUGGGGAUGGAACACGUGGAGAUGGAACACGUGGAGUUGGAACACCUGGAGAUGGAACACCUGGAGAUGGAACACCUGGAGUUGGAACACCUGGAGAUGGAACAUCUGGAGAUGGAACAUCUGGAGCUGGAACAUCUGGAGAUGGAACGUCAGGAGUGUUUGUCUGUUUGAAGGUGACCUCCUGCUGUCAGAACUUUGAAUAUAAACUGUUCAAAACUCCAAGAAGAACCUGAAUCUGAUUGAAUGAAAAUAUUGUUUUCUUGUUUGUGUUUGUUUGUUUGUUUAAAUAUAACUUUAGUGAAUCCUG